CUCAAAUUAAUGAAGCUAUCUUUAGCAAAUACACACACACACACAUCGAAUGCAGUACACACAGUGCUAUUCUACCACGUCACCAAAUCUUCCGAUCAACGACCUCUAAGUGCUUAACAGGUGGCCAACGAAUGCAUCUUGCUUCAUGCGUGUAUCAGUUGUCGGAUUUCAUGCGCGCAUCGCAAUGCACACCGGAUAUAUUUCGCCGUUAAGAUUCUUAGCCCGACGCGCUCUCACAAUAACUCACUCAUACCACCACUAUAUGUAACCAAUGCAAUCCACAUCAUCAGCAUCGCAAGUCGCAAUUCUCUCGAUCGCUGGCUUUAGCUCUCUUUUUUUUGUUUCUAAUUUCAGCUUGUUAUUUCAAUUUUAUGUGAUUAAUUAUGGCAGCCAGAGCAACCCAAUUCCAGCUAUGACAACUUAUCAACCAUUGCAGUCAUCAGUGGUGGUGAUCGGACCACAGUUCUUGGCACAGUACCCGGUGGACCUAAAAGUGGCCACCAAGCUUUUGGCUCUUGGAGAAUGUAAUUUGGGCGUCACCGACGUUAAUGGUACCCUUAUUUUCAAGGUGAAAAGUAAACUAUUAAGCAUCCGUGAUCGUCGUUAUUUGCUUGACGCCGCUGGUAAUAUCCUUGCCACUUUCCAACAGAAGAUAUUGACUGCGCAUAGGAGAUGGCAUGUUUUCAGAGGAGACAGCACAAACGCCCAAGAUUUAAUUUUCAGUGUGAAGAAGUCGUCAAUCAUCCAAUUCAAGACAGAAUUAGAUGUAUUCUUAGCUACUAACACUGCAGAAAAUGUCCCUGAUUUCAAGGUCAAAGGAAGCUGGUCUGAGAGAUCUUGCACCAUAUAUCUUGGGCAGUCCAAUACGAUCAUCGCACAAAUGCAUAGGAAACACACACUUUCAACUGUAGUGUUUGAUGCGGACAAUUUUGGUGUGACUGUGUAUCCCAAUGUGGAUUAUGCCUUCAUAGUGGCACUUGUGGUGAUUCUUGAUGAGAUCAAUGAGGAUCGCCGUGGUGAUGAUUAAUUAGAUAGUA